AUGUCACGCUCUGCUCUCAUAUCCCCGUCUCAUCGAUUACCAUCUACCGAUUUCUCAGCAGCAAAAAAAAUGUCCACCCCGUCCCCAAUAAAACGAGACCCCUCCUGGUCCAUCGACCAACUCAGAGCAAACUACGACAUCCUCUGGAACGCGUACUCUGAUCGUUACAUGCCGCUUGAUGAUGAUAGGAGUGAAGAGGAUAAAAAGAGGAUUGCCGAGCUUGAGACUUUGGUAGAGGAUUUCAAGAAGAAGGACGAGGCCAAGCUUGAGGAGCAGAAGAAGAGCGAGGCGCGGAACAAGGCAUCGAUUGAGUCGCAGAAACCAUACGAAGGAGACCCACACAAUCUCUAG